CUGCUAUUGAAAACUUUAUUAGUGUUAAUGUACCCGGAUAAACUCGCAGCGCUUGCCAAGCUCGCGCGAGAGUCAGAGUUUCGUUUCCGUAGCAACAGAACGGUAUCUAUGUAAACAUUGUACAAACGCAGCGAAGAAGCAGGCAGCAUGGCAAAUUCGUCCUCAGCAGAAGCAGCCGAGAUGGAAGAAGGCGCGUACUAUCUGGAAAGGGUCUCCGUAAGUGAAUAUAACGAAGAUGAUUACCAGUAUGAGGAGAUGCAGCCUGACGAAGACUGGAGCCUUGGGGAUGCCAGUGAAGACCUGGAAAGCGCUAUGAAAGCUGUCCUUGGUCAGCUAGAGGAAACUGAAGCGACUCCCCAGAGACCAGCCUCAACAAAAGAAGCCCAGACAAAACAUCCAGAAAUAGUUGAUGAUUUUUUGCGAAACUUUUUGAUCAAGAUGGGAAUGCAUAAGACUUUUGACUGCUUCCAAACUGAGUGGUACGAAAUGAUGCACCGAGGAAUUCUCAAUUUGGAGCAAGUGUCAUUUGUUCCUGAUGUCUAUGCCCAGAACCAGCUGUUAGAUAAUGAGCUUAAGAGCCUAAGAAAGCAGAUUGAGAGUUACAAGCAAGCAGCAUUUAAGGCAGCAGAAAUAGUGGUGAAGCUGCAGAAGGAACGGGAUUUCCACAGGAUGCAGUACAGACGUGUCGUGCAGGAGAAGAACCGCCUGAUAGGUGACAUUAAACGAGUGAAGAAACACUAUGCAUCCUAUGAGCCAGCACUGAAGCAGCUGAAUGAUAAAUACAAGACUGCGCUUAAACAGAAAAUGCUGACCAGUUUGGAAAGAGACAGAGCUGUCGCCGAGGUGACAGGUCUACAAGCUACUCUUCGCAAUGUAAAGCCAGAGUAUGAAAUGCCUCCCUCAAGUUCAUCAAGUCAAGAAUUACGAGAAACCCAGGAUGACAGAAAGCAGGACAGUGAAGCAUUGGAACCCAGACACCCAAGCAAAUAUGUGAGGAGUAGGCACCCAAAUGACUCUGAAUUUCCAGUGGAUACUAGAGUCAAUCCGUACCUUUCCCAAAUCAAAGCAAGUGCUAGUCAUAAAUCUGGGUACAGGCUAGCCAGUACCUUGAAUGUGCAUGAACUUCCAGUUAGCAGCUUGGCUUUGCAUCCUCGGAAGCAGGUCAUAGUCACCACAGGUGAUGAUCAUCUGUGGAAGAUGUGGUCACUUCCAAAUGGUGACAUUAUGAUGACUGGAGAAGGUCACAGUGACUGGUUGUCCAGCUGUUGUUUUCAUCCUGGUGGAGGCAAGUUGGCCACUGGCAGUGGCGACACUACUGUGAAGGUCUGGGAUUUUGCUAAGGGUGAGUGUGUCCUCACUUUUGAAGGUCACAGCCAUGCAGUCUGGGGCUGUGCUUGGCACUCAUGUGGUGAUUUCCUGGCAUCCUGUUCCAUGGACAACACUGGCAAAAUCUGGGACCUCAACAGCGAGAGAUGCCGAUAUACACUGCGUGGUCAUGCUGAUGCUGUCAACAGCAUUGUGUUCCUACCCUUCUCUAACACCUUGCUUACAAGCUCAGCUGACAAAACCCUCUCACUUUGGGAUGCAAGGACUGGCCUCUGUGCUCAGACAUUUUAUGGCCAUUUGCAUUCCUGCAACGAUGCAAACUUCAACAUGAUGGGAGACACAAUUGUGUCCUGUGACUCCUAUGGAACUGUCAAGCUAUGGGAUGUGCGAAGAGUGACAGCAAUGUUAACGAUUGAUGCUGGUCCGCACCCAAGCAAUCAAGUCACUUUUGACCCCCUAGGUCAUCUAGUCGCUAUAGCUAGCAAUGAUGGCUCAGUGAAACUCUUAGACCUUAGUUCAGGAAAGCUGUCUGACUUAGUGGGGCAUGAAGAUGCUGUGCAGUGUGUGUGUUUUGACCACAAAGGUGAAUACCUGAUAUCAGGAGGUUCUGAUGGCACCCUGCGUCUCUGGUCUUGAAGAUACAUAUAUGAGUCCUUUUUAAACCAGUUUUGUAAUGAUUCAGAUUUAUUAUGGGUACUGUGCAUUUCUUAAUUAUCAAUUAAUGUCAUGUUGGUAAACUGUUGUUUAUGUAUAAAAGAUAGGAAACAUUCAUUGAGCUCAUACUCUUUGUAUUGCAUUCUGUUACCUUCUGUCCACUGGCAAAUCCUUUUAAUCCAGUUCAGAGUGGUGGGGCUGGUAGGAAUGGUGAUAAGGUAUGGGUCAUCCGUUGACGGGGCACCUGCAGACCUACACUCAUUUGUAAUCUCCAAUGAACAAAAACAUAUUUAAAAUGUGUGUGGUGUGUAUAGGAGCAGUGACACAGUAGCACUAAACACUGUGCCACCGUGCCCUGCCUGUUUCUGUUUAUAACAGAUUAAUUAGCCUGGUUUGUUUAAUCAACUUUUCUGCAACUCUGAACUGGAUGAGUAAGUUACAAAAUGGGUAGAUGGAUGAAUGUUUUAUCAACUACUUGAAAAUGUCAAAAUCUUCCACAGAAUUACUAAAUAUUUACUUUUUGUUUUGCACAAUGCAGCACUCAAAAUAAUAUUCCUAUAACAUGUUGAUUUAAUUUUAAUCAGAGUGCAGUACCUGUAGUUUUCCAAAUUGAUUUGUCUAAUAAAGUUAUAAAGCAUACUUUUCUGCUCUGGUAAAAAUCAUGAACGUGAAGCAGCCAAACAUGAUCAUGAAGGCUCAAAAGCCAAAAGAAGGGUAACUAUUUAUUGUUCUUUUUAGGCAAAGACACUACAAAUAAUUCAUUUGUAAUAAAAAGUAAAGAUUUAUUUCUUGAGCUGAUUUGACUAUACAUGUGAUUCUUACUAUUGCAUCCUUACAAUUAUGUGUUAUACACUAAUAUUCAUUUUAAUGAAAAUUAGCCAUUUCUUGCUUCUUUUAAUAAAUGCGUAUA